UCUAACCAUCCGUCGAAAGGGCACUUACAUGGUAUUCAGUUUAGUCCUAAAAUCUUUAAAAGAUGGGGAAAAAUACCAAAGGAAAUGGGCGAUUUUUCCUUAAGCUUAUCACUGCCGUAAUUGUCUUAUGCGCAGUUUGCACUCUAGGGUUUUUAACUGGAAUGGACAAAAAAAUUUCAAAUUUUUUUUUGAAAGAUUCUUCUUUGCAUGAGAGUAAACGAAGUAGCAACGUUCCCACAAUCCCUCCUCCAGAUCCACUUGAAUUUGAACACGCCGCAGUUGCCGCUGACCACAAGUUAUGCUCCAAGGUCGGGCGGGACAUUCUCAAGAAAGGAGGGCAUGCCGUUGACGCUGCCAUAGCAACAGCUCUUUGUGUUGGUGUGAUAAAUCCUCAUUCUGCAGGACUGGGUGGUGGUGGAUUUAUGAUCAUUUAUGACAGAAAGUCAAAACGUUCGUCUGCCAUCGACUUCAGGGAAAUGGCUCCUGGACGACUAACGUCCAAGGGUACCGAAGAGAUGUUACAUGUCCUUCAUCUGAUGAAAUUAAGAGAGCAGAGUACGAUGAAGCCAAGUGAGGGUCUCCUCGUUGGAGUCCCUGGUGAGCUGCGAGGUUUCGAGAAGGCUUGGAAACGAUUUGGAAAGCUGAAAUGGAAGGACCUCUUUCAACCAGCAGCAGAUAUAUGUAAAAAGGGUUACAAGGUCCACCCUUCUUUAGCCACUGCUAUUGCUAAGAAUGCUUUAAAUAUUACAACCAGUGAAGGUUUAAGUGAGAUCUUCACACAUAACGGCAGAGUAUUAGCUGAGGGUGAUGUGAUCAAACGACCAGUCUACGGAAAGACUUUAGAAAUGAUUGGCAAAUCUGGAGGAGCAGAUAUCUUGUACAAUGGUAAAUUUUCCAAAGACAUCGUCAAUGAAAUCAAUUCGGAAGGAGGAAUUUUCACCCUGGAUGAUUUAAAGAAAUAUGAAGCAAUCGAGAGAGAACCUUUAAAAGCAGACAUUGGUCACAUGGAUGGUGCAAAGCUUCUAUCUGUCCCCCCACCGGCUGGGGGUGGGGCUGUAAUGUCACAGGCACUUCAGAUACUUAGUGGUUUCAACUUUACCAAAAAGGACAUGGAAGAAAACCCCGGUCUGACAUACCAUCGCAUUAUCGAAGCAUUCAAGUUUGCCCAUGCUAGUCUGACUUUCCUUGGAGACCCUAAAUUUGUUGGGGACACUACGAAGACUGUCCAAAAAAUGCUCGACUCUAAACAGUCCAAAAGACUAAGAGAUAUGAUUGACGGCAAGACACAUCCGGUUAGAUAUUAUGGACCAAUCAACUAUCAGCUUGACGUCACUUCAGGCACCACUCACUUGUCAAUCGUCGAUGAAGAAGGCAAUGGUGUUUCUCUGACUAGUUCUAUUAAUAAAUACUUUGGUUCAAAGAUUCGUUCGAAGAAAUACGGCAUCAUUUUCAACGAUCAGCUGGCUGACGCCAUGAAUCACUGGGUGAAUGAGUUUGGCCUGGUACCAGAUAGCUUUAAAGCUCAUCGCAAACCCUUAUCAUUAUCUUGUCCAGCAAUUCUAUUGGAUAAGAAUGAUGAUCUACAGAUGGUGAUUGGUGCGGCUGGUGGAAGGUAUAUACCAACCACGCUAGCUCAGGUGUUUAUGAACUAUUAUUGGUUUGGAGACAGUCUUAAGGAUGCUGUGGCUAAACCUCGCUUACAUUCUCAACUUUUCCCUGAGAUGGUUUUGGUUGAGGAGAACUUUCCUAAUAAACUGGUCAACGACAUUAGGAAAUACGGACAUCGAUACGUCACUAAUGAUACAGCACUAUUCACAGGAACCCCAGGCCAAAUCAUGGGUGUCGUUCAAGUUAUCGCGAGGAAAAAGAACGGAGAGCUGCUGGCUUUAGCUGAUUAUAGAAAGGGAGGCAUUGCCGCGGGAUAUAAGAAAUAAAUAAUCGAAAACAGUUAAAUGAUAAAAACACAAUAUAACAUUAUUACUGGUUAAUAUUUUUUAUGAGUUAUAAAAUUGUAUUCAAUUCAGUUUAUCCUGAUAAUAUUGUCGCUACGGAGGUAUGCAUUUGCAACGAAAUGGAACCCCUUUCAGUGUCACAUACCGCAUGCCGCCAUUUAACUAUUCAUGUUCUGUGAUUUGCAUGAUUAGGCGGAUCAAAAAAUGGAAGCCAUUUCGGUGUCAUGCCGCAAGAGGAAAGGAAACCAUUUCAGUUGUCAUAUGCCAAUCUGUGUUAUCGUCAUUCAUUGUGACUGGAAUUCGAAUAGAGCCAACGAGACGGAAGCCAUUUUGGUGUCAAACGCAAAAAGCCAUUUCAAUGUCAUAUGCACUCUGUAUUGGAAAUCGAAGAGAGCCAACGAAACAGAAGCCAUUUCGGAGUCAUACCAAGAGGAAAGAUUAAAGGAAGCCAUUUCGAAGUCA